AUGAGCUGGCAGGAUUACGUAGACAAGCAACUCUUGGCAUCGAAAUGCGUUACGAAAGCCGCAAUAACUGGUCACGACGGAAACCUUUGGGCCAAAUCGGACAAUUUUGAAGUAUCAAAAGAAGAACUAGCGAAAUUAGUUCAAGGUUUCGACAAACAAGACAUCCUCACGUCCUCGGGCGUCACUCUAGCCGGUAACCGAUACAUAUACCUAUCAGGGACGGAUCGUGUUAUUAGGGCGAAAUUGGGCAAAGUCGGUGUGCAUUGCAUGAAAACCCAACAAGCCGUUGUAAUAGCUCUUUACGAAGAUCCAAUCCAACCUCAACAAGCAGCGUCGGUGGUAGAAAAGCUAGGUGAUUACUUAAUUAACUGCGGUUACUAG